CUCGCUUGGGGAUCUUUAGGACCCCAAAAUCAUGAAUCCUCGAGAACAAAUAUGUCCAGUUCUUUUCUGUAGUUGUAGUCAUUGGUCACUGUUUACUGUAGGCACGUUGUAUCGAUGAUGUUUGAAUAACCUCUACUUUGAAUUGUUUUAGUGUCGAGAAUUAUUAAUUGUACAUAAGAAAUAUGUCGUUUUCUUUUGGAACGCCUGCAACUACCACCAAUACAGGUUUUGGAUUUGGUCAGAAACCAGCAACUGGUUUUAAUUUAGGUGGUACACCUUUUGGUUCCACUAACACUGCUCCUACAUUAUCUUUUGGAACUUCUUCAACAUCAGCAACAACUACUGGGCUUAGUUUUGGAUUUGGUAGCACACCUGCAACUACAGUACAGGCACAACCAACUGGUUUAUUAGGUUCAAAUACAACUACUACAACAUCUGCUACUGGUUUAUUCCCUGUUUCAACUACUUCUGCACCAUUGUUUACUGGUCUUAAUUUUGGGGCACCAGCAGCAAGUACUAGUCUAACAUUUGGUACCCCAUCUGCUACAUCUACAGCUGGAAAUCUCAGUUUUGGUACAUCUACUACUUCAACACCCCUUUUUGGUGGAUCUGUUAGCGGUGGUAGUUUAUUAGGUGGAAAAUCAAUUGCUGGCACUACUGUUACUACCUCUACCACUAAUAAAGGAUUAGGAGGAUUAGAUGUAUCUAUAAGCAAUAAAGGACUUUCACAAGGAAAUAGCAAUACAGUAGCAGCUAAAGAUAAUAUUUGGGCACCAGAAUUAUUACAGACAAUAGAAAAAUUCAAGGAGUUUGUAAAAGAACAGAAAAUGUUGUCUUCAGAGAUAGCAAGAGGUUCUGCGCGGCCAUUAACUAGAUGCGCCGAAGAUACAGCUUCUUUGAUGGAAAUUUUGACCACAUUAGGCGGGGCUGUUCAGCGUGAUCGUUGUGCUGUCGAUAAAUUAAAACAAGAUACAGCUAAAGUACUGCAAAGUGCUGAAAUAUCACAAAGAACGCACGAUACCCCGCCGGGAUUACAGUACGAAAAUAAUGCACCAUUAUUGUUUUUCAUGGAAUUAGCUGAUAACUUUGAACAUGAUUUAAUGUUAUUUAAAUCACAAAUCGAAACGACAGAAAAACAUAUUCAGACAAUGAUGACUCCAAAAACUCUAACACCACAGGAAUUAACAAUGGCUAUGAAUAAGCUUCACGAGUCUUUGGUAGCGGUUGCUGGAAAGUUGCAAGGCGUGCAUUCUAAAGUGCAACAGCAAAAGGAACAAUACUUAAAUUUUCGAAAGUAUGUUUUAAAAGACAACAAGAAUGUUUUCGAGGAUAUUAAAUCAGACGGAAAAAUAUCACAUAGUAUAGGCAGAAUUACAAGUGGGCCAACUCCAUUUGGACCAGGAAAUAAAAGUUUUCUCUCCUCGACAGCGUUAAGCUCUAAUAGACCCGGAAGUUAUGAAACACGAAAUCCAUUAGUUUGGGGAAAUACAAUAUCAACAUCAUCUGCUACUAACAUUACCCUAGGCUCAUCAUUGAAACCACCAACCGCAAGUUUGACUUUUAAUACCCCAUCAAAUCUUACUGCACCUUUACCAACGACUGAUUCAGGUUCGAGUUUUCAACUUCAAAAACCUCCCAUUGGUAAUAAAAGGGGGAAACAUUGAUAAAAUAAUUUUUAUAUUUAAUGCUACACUGACAUGUGUUUAUUAUAUGGUUACAAAUAUCCGGCAUUUUUUGUCCUAUAAUGUGACAUUAACGUUACCUAAUGUUGGUCGUGUUUUCCCUUUUAUAAAAAUAUCUUCAAACUAUUUUUUUUUAAUUUCUUGCAAAAACAAUUUACAAUGAUGUCAUUGUUUAUUCAAUAGUUAUAUGCCCAUCAUUUCGUUUCAUUCCAUUCCGUUUUCUCGAUGGUACUGUAAUAAUGUUUGAAAGUACGUAGGUUACGAAUUACUUGAAAAGCUUAUCUUCCGUACAUUCAUAUUUGAAUAAAUUCUACACUUUUAAUAUAUUUUCGUAAUGGAUAAUUGUUAUUAUGUAAUAACCAUGUGAUUCAAGUACAAAACAUUUGUGAAUUCAUAAUUUUCAGAGUUAUUUAUAUUUUUUAUAUUAUAAAUCUAUAUACAUAA